CAGCGUGUCAAACCUGCGGGCUACGGCAUAAAGUGCUAGCUUGAGAGAGUGUCACUUCAAGUCAUAAUGUUACAAGGAGAUUUAUUGUUAGCGCUACUUUUUCAUCUUGUUCCGGGAUCCUGCAUAUGAAUAACACUGAGUGUGUUUGCUGUAGCUGGCAGCAGUGUAAGUAACGUGACUUCAGCAAUGCACAGUUAAAAAGAGACGGAGCGCACUUCAGGAAUGAGGGCUGGUGUAAUGUCCUGCUGAGAAUGGAGCUGUGGAUGAAGAUGUGCUGACAGAGGGCUUGCUUAUAACAUUACACUGCACUCUAUUAAAAUAGCUAGCUUGCUAAAACUCCAUAGUAAUUGUUUUUGAGAAGUUGUUCGGCGAGCUUUGCUUUUCUGCUGCGGUGCUCCAGGAAACACCAAAUGCCCAGACCCGACGCAGCCGUUACCAUCUCUGCCAGGUGUCACAGUCAGUUUCACUGAUUGCGAGGUCUAUUUAGCAGUCAUCAGAACAGCUGAGAAAUGUCGGAGUAUUGCAGAGCACAGUUUGGUGUGGACGAACGAUUUCCCUCUGUAUCUCAUUAUGUGAGCAGCGUCCUUUGAUCGGCAGCCGUGAGUGCCGCCAGCAGCCAUGAGGAUGAGGGUGCACUGGUCGAAGAAGCUGGCUCUUCUGACGAAGGCCGGCUUUUUCCUCUGCGCUCUAUGGCUCCUCUACCUCUUCCUGUUCCGCUCAUCCAAUUCAGCUCCGGCUGAAGACAGCGGCAAACACAGCAUUAAGGCCAGGGUCGCAAUCACACAGGGAGAAGUGGAUGUAGAGACCCUGAAGCGGCCCAUUUACCUGAAGCCACCUCCUGACUCGAACGCACAGGGAGAGUGGGGCAGAGCCACCCGACUCAACCUUAACUCCGAGGAGAAAAAGCAAGAGCAGGACAGCAUCGAACGCUACGCCAUCAACAUCUACGCCAGCGACAAGAUAUCCCUCCAUCGCCAUAUUGAGGAUAACAGGAUGCAUGAAUGUAAAAGCAAAACCUAUGACAUCCGUCACCUUCCAACAACAUCUGUGGUCAUCGCCUUCUAUAACGAGGCCUGGUCCACCCUGCUCCGAACCAUCCACAGUGUCCUGGAGACCACACCUGCUAUCCUGCUGAAAGAAAUCAUUCUUGUUGAUGACUUGAGUGACCGAGGCUAUCUGAAAUCUCAGUUGGAGGAGUACAUUAGCAACCUGGAACGCGUGCGCCUCAUCCGCACAAAUAAGAGAGAGGGACUGGUCAGAGCUCGGCUUAUCGGUGCAACGUAUGCCACAGGAGAUGUACUCACCUUUCUGGACUGCCACUGUGAGUGUGUGCCUGGAUGGAUGGAGCCUCUGCUAGAAAGGAUUGCUGAGAAGCAGGACACUGUUAUUUGUCCAGUGAUUGACACCAUUGACUGGAACACAUUUGAGUUUUACAUGCAGACUGAUGAGCCCAUGGUGGGUGGUUUUGACUGGCGGCUGACAUUCCAGUGGCACAGUGUGCCUUCGGCGGACCGCAAAGAACGGAAAUCCCGAAUAGACCCCAUUAGAUCUCCCACCAUGGCCGGAGGUCUGUUUGCCGUCAGCAAGUCCUACUUUGAAUAUCUGGGUACUUAUGACACAGGCAUGGAGGUGUGGGGAGGAGAGAAUCUGGAACUUUCCUUCAGGGUUUGGCAGUGCGGAGGCUCACUGGAGAUUCACCCCUGUUCCCAUGUGGGUCAUGUUUUCCCUAAGAAGGCACCGUAUGCCAGGCCAAAGUUUCUCCAGAACACAGUGCGAGCUGCUGAGGUCUGGAUGGACUCCUACAAGGACCUUUUCUAUAACCGCAACCCUCCUGCUCGUAAGGUGACAUACGGGGACAUUUCGGACAGGAUUCUCUUACGAGAGCGGCUGAAGUGCAGGAGCUUUGACUGGUAUCUAAAGAACAUCUACCCAGAUCUGCACGUACCCGAGGACAGACCUGACUGGCAUGGAGCUGUGCGUAGCGGUGGGAUUCCUUCUGAGUGUCUGGACUACAACGCUCCAGAUCACAAUCCCACAGGGGCUCACCUGUCUCUGUUCGGCUGCCAUGGACAAGGAGGGAAUCAGUAUUUUGAGUACACCUCAUAUAAGGAAAUUUGCUUCAACUCAAUAACCGAGCUGUGUGCGGAGUAUACAAAUGGCCAGAACCAUAUAGGCAUGAAACACUGUCCCCGUGACGGCGAGCCAGUUCCUCCCACCAUCGUCUGGGAAUUCAGAGAUGACGGAAGUAUCUAUCACCCUCUUUCAGACAAGUGCAUAACUGCGUAUCGUACAGCAGAGGGGCGGACCGACGUGCAAAUGCAAAAAUGCUCUAGUGAAAACAUGAACCAGAACUGGAAGUUUGAAUGAUUGUGAUUUUGACAGUACGUCAGAUUCAAGUUGUGCAUUUUAUAUGAAGUCCAAGCAUCAAAACUGUAACUUUGUUCAAACAGCCAGUUUUCAUGAAUAUACAUUUCAUGUUGCACUGGGAGAACCUAUUCGUCAGAUCUGAAUGGAUUUGAGUGGAAGUAAGACGUUCUAAAGCUAAAUCUGGGACUAGGAAGCAACUACUGCUGUCAGUUGCUCAGAAAGAAUUAUAAUUUUAACUGUUGUUUAUUGAAAUGUGGAAGGCCUGUGGCUUGUUGAUGAGAAGCUUUGUUCUGUGCCUUUGAAAACCAAAGGUGAUGAAUUCUCUGCUUGUAUUGUAUUUUCUCAUCAACCAAUAAUGGUGCAAUCCAAAUUUCCCUUCAGUAGUAAUAUGGGGAAGGAAAUAUAGUUGUGUUGGAACACUAAUUGUGUUUACAUGAUUGCACUAUGUAUUGAUAAUUCAGCAGAACUGUAAGUUUUGACUCAAAACGCAGCUUUUAUAUUUAUAAAACUUUAUUUUUUAGAAGACAAGUAUUUCAGGGAGUGGCAAGAACCUGUUUAGCUUGCUGUACUCUUUAUACUCUCGAGUCAUGUCAUUCUAACCGUGACAUUGUUUUUCAAACCAGUUUAUAUUCGUACCUGUACAAAGCCCUCUUAACGUAUGUCCAUUAUGUUGUGGGUUUAUUUCCUAGUAACCUCCACGAGCGUAUUCUGUACCAACACACUGUGCCUGAUUUGAACAGUGAAAUCACUUACAAUGACGUCAUAGGUUACAUAUUUCCCCGGUUCGGUUAAAAGCUGAUCAAGGAGGUUAUACUUUACUUUGUCGACAGAUUUAAGAAGAAAAAUAUCCCUGAAAUCAAAUCAUUUUAUGAAAACUGCUGUGCCUUAAUCAGAUUGUAAGCAAAUAAUUUUUUAAUAUCAAAUAGAGAUGCUCUCCAUUUCAUUCCUUACAUGAUGCUAAAGGGGGUAAAUUUCUUUUUUUAUUUAUUUUUUUUAUUUUUUUUUUAUUUUUAUGAAUGAAUGAUCUAGAAAUGCAUUGAGAUGUUUGUUCAGUAGAACCUGUGCACAAAUGUUUGACGAUAUCCAUAGAAACCUGCCUCUGCCGUGCCAUCCUGGCCAUUUUCUGUAUUCAAGUGUCUAUUUUCAUGCUUUGGGUGUAACGUAACGAGUCUUAAAUGUUAGCCAAAGGAAAACAUUUAAAACUUCUGUUAGUCAUUUUCUUCCUUAAGUCUUCCAGAUGUCGGAAUAACACUGUAUAAUUUUAUGUUUGAAGCAAAAUCGUUUUAGUUCGGAAGAGCAGGAGCUCAAUUACAGGACCAGUCAUUCCUCUGAUCUGAAAUUCCAUGGACAUUACAGUACACCGUGGCCUUAAAAAAAAGUCUACAUCCUGGACCUUUACAUUUGUGAUAUUAAUCAGUCAUAUCUGAGGAGAAAUCUGUUUUUUUUUUAUUAUUAUUAUUAUGUUUACUGAUGUUUGUUUAAUCAUGGUAUAAAGGGACCUUUUAAGUGAUGGUGUAAAUGAAUAAUUCCAAACUACUGAUUAAGCACAAAGUGUGAUGGUUAUGUUCAUUGUAUUGAAUCAACCAGUGCCGUUUAAAUUAAUCAAAUAUGUUAUUUCCCCUUGAACCAAUGAGAAUCAAACUUUCAGGUCAUAAAAACAAGAACCAUUUUUCUGAA